AUGGGUGGCAUGAACUACCACGUUGAGAUACAUUUCGAGGAUGGAGUUGUCUGGCUAGCCCGCAUAAGGCGCUCCAAUGUCACUUCGCCACCUCCUGAAUUGCAGAACUACAUUGUCCAGAGCGAGGUAGCUACCCUUCAAUUCCUCCAAAGAACCAGUGUGCCUGCUCCUAGAGUUUUUGACUUCGAGUUCGACCAUGAAGAUAAUCCCGUAGGAGUGGGAUACAUUCUCAUGGAAAAGAUGCCAGGCAAAUCUCUCAGGUGGUCUCGAGCCACCCAAGAGCAGCGCAAAAAUGUCAUGAGCCAGCUUGUGAAUAUUUUUAUCGAGCUGCGUAGACACCCGUUCGAUCAAAUUGGCUCCUUGAUCCUUCCGGGAAACGCCCAUGUUGGCCCAUUGGCCCGAGAAUCUCUCACGGACUUUACGGAUUCAGGAAUGCAGGCCCUAGGCCCAUUCUCGUCAUUGAGAGACUACCACACUGCUUCCCUCCAACUCAUUCUGCACCAAAUCCUUCGGGACGAGCUCUACGCCUUAAAACGAGUGGAUGGCUACCUUAUACAUAGGUUUCUCCUCGACCUCAUACCAUCCGUGUUCCCCCAGACUGAGCGAGGUCAAGAGAGCUUUUAUCUGAAGCAUGCAGACGAUAAAGGUGAUCACAUCUUAGUCGACGAGGAUUACAAUAUCACAGCCAUCAUCGACUGGGAAUGGGCGUACACCACGUCACAGUCUCUUGCUUUCAGCUCCCCAAUCGCCUUUUUACCUGUAAGGUCAUUCUAUGAAGGCUCCAACGACCUAGGCGGAGACGAGACCAUCUUUGCCCACUUGUUUGAGGAGGCGGAAAGACACGAUCUGGCACAGUUGGUGCGAAAUGGCAGGCUACAGCACCGGUUCAUGUUUUGUUGUGGUUAUGAUCUCGAGGACUGGGAAGGCUUUUUAGGCCUUUUUCAUGGUCUCAGGAAGGUGGUAGGUGUGGAUGAGAGCCUAGACUGGGAUGAAUGGAAAACGGUGGCAUUGGAGCGAUAUAGAGACGAUGAUGGUCUACGACAAUUACUGCAUCAUCCCGAGCAGUUCCAGGUGAAACGCGUCGACGCGCCCUCCCUUUGCUCUGCAAACCCACAACAAGCGCCCGCCCUCCCAACCCGCAGCACCUCACUCUUCGGGCGACACAACGCCUUUCAGCUAUCAGACCUUUUAACAUCAUCCGGCGCCCCGCGUCGUCGCCUGGUCAAACAGCCGAGGACCGCCGCCAUGGCACAGCUCUCGGACAGCCAGCUCGCCACCAUCAGUGAUCAUCCGAUUGGAGAUGCACUCAAUUCAUUUCGGACUACAUUCAAGUCCGCUCAUCCCCACAUAAGCGUUCGGGUUGGACUGGACCGUUUCGAACAGCUAGUCACCGAGCCAGCGCAUCCUACCGCCGCCUUCCUACGUUCUCGCAUCAGAUUGACCCCUCUACGCAGCGACCUCGCCCUCCUAUAUGCAGGACUAUCGUCAAACGAAACGAACUUUACGUACACAGCCCAGCUCUUGAGAGACGUCGUAGCUGAGAAGGACGAUCCCACGAUAUGGGCAACCGUGUACGACCUCAUCCGCCAGACGCAGCCCGCCCCUGCUUCCACAACCCUACCAACAGUCCCUUCUCGACCAGGCCCCGAAACGCCUCCCAAAUCCACUACAUCCACACCCAUCGCCCCGCCCUCCCAGCAGACACCCACCGUCUUCCACUCCGGCAGCGGCGUAUAUACAUCCGAGACCAGAGACAACAUAGAUCCUAUGCUAAAGGCGGAGGUGGAGAGAAACCUCAUCAUCGACCACUCUCAAGUGUUCGAUGCCUUCUGGGGGCGUGUGGCACAGCUGCGAGACAUUGCUACAGCGGUGCUGGAUAUGUGCGAGGGCGCGGAUGAGCCAAUUUACAACAAGGAUACUGGUUGGGUGGAUUGGCCGCCAAGCUGCAAGGAAGAUGAAGUGCUACGCUUUCUCCGCCGCCACGUGGAUCAGUUUUUGACAUUCGCCGAUGAGCGCGGUUUCCGACCUUCAGAACGCCGACGAUGCGUUGCUAAACCGAACCAGCCGCUUGCUGGGUCUAUCGCCAUACGGAAGCUCGAUAUUGGUAUCGCGCGCAGCAACCCUGACGAGCCGGACCAUGACAGCGCACCAUGCAACUGGUCGCAGAUUCUUGUUCCCGGCGAGCUGAAGAGCAACCCAGUGAAAGACAAUCAUAACGACACAUGGCUGGAUAUCGCAAGAUACGCGCGAGAGGUGUUUGCCGCGCAGGACACACGGCGCUUCGUCUUGGGAUUCACGUUGUGCGGCUCAAUCAUGCGGCUGUGGGAGUUCGACCGUCUUGGAUGCGUCGGGUCCACUUCAUUCAACAUUCACACAGAUGGGCACAAGUUCGUCUCUGUGAUUCUUGGAUGUCUGUGGAUGAAUGACGAAGAACUUGGGUUCGACCCUACCAUUGUGGAGGACGAUGGCAGAUGGCUCGAGAUCCAGCGGGGUGACAAGUUGGAGCGCAUUUUUCUGGAAGAAGUCAUAAAGCCUCCGCGCUCAAUUGCUGGCCGCGGGACGACGUGCCGGAAAGGCCGUGUUGACAACGAUCAGUCCAACGAACAGCUUGUCAUCAAGGAUUCAUGGGAAUACGAGGAGCGUCCGGAAGAGGGACUUUUGCUACAAGAGGCGACGGCGGCUAGAGUGACGAACGUGGCGCAAUACUACCACCACGAGACCGUACGCGUUGGGGAUGCUGUUGACGAUGUGGUUGGAAAUAUCCGGAAGACUUUGAGCGGCACCGGCGGAAGGAACCCGUUUGAGCGUCGACGCAUCAAGCUUUACGAUGCGCUCACAAGCGCAGCUGCUUCUGGAGACUCAAGUCAAGGGAGUGGAAGAGGUGGAAGCCGAGGCAGAGCUAGAAGCAGGGGCCAGAGCGCUUCGAGGAAGCGGUUGUCGAGCCACGUGGAUGAAUCGAUGCCACCUCCGAAACGUCCCUGCUCGGAUUCUGCCGGGAACGAAGAGCCUUCCCGACACGAAUCUCUGCUCGAGAAGGCCAAGAUCCUUCAUCGCGAUAUUUCUAUCGGAAAUGUCCUGUUGAAUGACGCAGAGGAUGAUGGCUUCCUCAUCGAUGUCGACCUUGCCAUCAAGACUGACCGCGAAGAGGCCUCCGGCGCGCCGAGCAAGACCGGGACCAAGGUGUUUAUGGCCAUCGGCGCGCUCUAUGGAGAAUAUCAUUUGAAUGUGUACGACAAGGAGUCUUUUUUCUGGCUGCUUUUCUGGAUAUGUGCCCACUGGAAGGGACCAGACGAAGAGCUGAACGAGUCUGAGUACGACUCUUGGAACUCGAAGAACACCAAAGAACUUGCGGAAAUCAAGACGGGCAAAGUGCUUGAAGAAGAGAAAUUCGGCAAGGAAAUAGAGGAUAACUUUACAGACUACUGCAAGGCACUGAUCCCUUGCGUACAGGAGCUGCGCAAGGUAGUUUUCCCGGGAGGAAGGCGGCGGACAUCUGAGGACGAAACUUUGUACUAUCAGAUGAAGAUGGUGUUUGAGAGGGCAAGGGAAGCAUUGCAUUUAGUAGAGUAA